CUGUUUCGGCUUCACCGUUCGAUCAAGCAAGGCGGCGUGCGGCAUGUUGGCAUUACAUCUAAAACUGUAACAGCAACAUAUAUGUAAUCUUGAACCAUACCAUACCAUCAAAAUCAAGCUAUUCCUUCCAUUUCAUCGGUACAAACUGUGAUUGAAGAAAAACAAAGAGAAAAGAUGAGGUUUUCAUUGAGGAUUGUUAUUGGACUUGGUGUAUUUUCAAUUAUUGGUUAUGGUAUUCAUUACUUCAAGUACCUGAGUACUGGUAAACCGUCUAUCACACAACCACCUUAUACUGAUCAAGGCGUUAGCUCAAGAGCAGCUGCCCAAUUAAAAAACAUCCAGUCUCCAGGUCAAUCCAGUAAUAAUUCUACAAGUAUGCGUCCCCCUCAAACUACAUGUGGGAAGACCGUGGCUUCAGAACUUAUUGAUCUCAAGUCAAUAACCCCACCAGGAAGACCUAAAGUCAUCAUCUUUAUAAACAUUCCUGCAGCAGGAGGCUGGUCCAUUAGACGAAUUACCCUCCGCAAGACGUGGCUCUCAACAGCAAAGAACUAUUCGAUUGCUUAUCGUUUUUUUACCGACAGCAUUGGAGUCAAACCUGAAGUUAUUAAAACCUUGGAAAAAGAACGAGAAGAGUUCAGAGAUCUAGAGUUUAUCCCAACACGCUCUGGAUACUGGCUAACUCAUCGGUAUCUCUUCGCAAUGUUCUGGGGCUACGAACAUUAUGAUUUUAAAUUUUACUUGAAGUUCGAUGACGACUAUUUUGUGUGUUUAAAUAAUUUAAUGAACGACAUACAAUACAGGAUGAACGAAAAGCUGCUCUACUGGGGAUGGUUCGGGUGCGACCCCAAAAUGGUCGCCAUGGAUGAAGGGUUUGUGAUGCUGUCUGUCGAUCUUGUUGAAGAAAUCAUGAAACGUAACAACUCCUUGUGUUGUCAUCCUUUUGGAGGACAAAUGAUUGCCAUGUGGAUGAACAGAUUAGAGCGUGAAGGAUACGACACUACUUAUUUCCCAGAUAACAAUCGACUCAUGCAUAUCAGAAGUCACUUCAAGCAAGGGCCAAGCAAGGACAUGUGUAAGAAACUACUCGGAAUUCACCAGGCUUAUCCAAAGUACAUGUGGCAAUACUGGAAUUUAACAAAGGACUCUUGGUUUUCCCUGAAAGGAGAUGAUUUUGAAAAGGUCGAAAGGAAACCAUUUAAUUCUUAUUGUAAGCUGAAAAAAGAAUGGGACUGGCGAGUGCUUGGUUCGUUCUGGAAACAUGAACCCAAGCCUUGUUGGCUGCCUGGGCUUGAAUGGGAUGCGCGUCUUCAGAAAUACAAAAACGUGCAAAGUAGGGAACUGGAAGAGUAGAAGGAUAGCAAACAGCAGAUUUUGGAGCUAGAUAUUCAGAAUAUAGUGCUAUAUACAGAUCGACAUAUAGUAGAGUGACCACAGUAAGUCCGUGAAACUUUAGUAAUACUAAAUAGCACAAUCUCAUGCAAAUUCCAUUGUUUUCUAUUGUUUAAAUAGCACUAUUUUGUACUAUUUAGUAAUUAGUGUUUCACGGAUUGUUUGCACUCCAAUAUAGCACACCAUAGAAAAAUACAGCCAAUAAGCCUGAAGCGAGAUGACGUUUUACCCCCGCCUCUAGACCAUAAUACUUUUCACACUGCUUCUGUUCUUUAAUUAUGACUAUUGUUCCUGUAUUUUCUAAGGAAUCAAAAAUUUUAAUAUGAAAUAAUUUUAAAAACUAUUAUGGUAUAGAGUCGGGGGCAAAACGUCAUCUUGCUUCAGGCCUAUUAGAAGGCAGGAAACCUGUUGUACAAUCGUCGGUUAAAGACCUUUUUAAGCCAAAAAAGUGUAUUUUCUCGGGACACACCAUGGAAUAUCCGACUUGUCACCUGUAUUUUCUUCUACUCUUCUACUACAUCCUUUGCAAUGGUCAACAAUGCUAAUUUAAUCUAGCUUUAUCAAUGAUAUAACUGCUUUGUAUAUAGAAUCCGACUAUAUGCAAUAUAUGACUACCACUACCACUACCACUACCACUACCACUACCACUACCACUACCACUACCACUAUCACUACCACUACCACUACCACUCCCACUGCCACUGCCACUGCCACUGCCACUGCCACUGCCAUUUAUUAUACACGUCUAAUUAGUUUAGUACAUGCGUUUAUACACACAAACAUUUAUAAUGGAUGAUGGUUCAAAAUCCGAAGGCUCGUAAAAUAAUCAAUACAUAUAAAUGAAACAACAGCUGAAUAUUUAACUUAUGACACCUACAUACGAAGAAACCUUCUAUUUAAUUAAUUAUUUAUUUAAUAAUUAUUUAUAUAAUUGCAAAAUAAUAAUGUAAUGAAAUGUUUCACAGAUGACGUAAGGAUUAUGCGUGAUAUGAUUGCAAUGUGGAGAAGCCAAGCUAAGCCGCGCACACGCUAAUAUGCUGCAGCAAGAGAAAAUGAACUAAGAGAAGGAAUUCCCCCUAUAUAGCCUUGUAACCAUCAUGUGCACAGUUUGAUGCUAUUUUUAAACCAUUUGUUUUUCGCUCUACGCUGUUUGCUUACGUUUUUGGUUUUUUCCCGUUAUUUCGACUCUGCCCUGAAUAUGAAUGUGCACGUCGAAAGCUUGGCAAAUACGAUAGGAAAUUGAAGUAGUAAUUUGUUCAAUUUGGGAUCAAAUGGGAUUUUGGAAAAAGGUUUUACUUUCUUGAAUAAAGAUUUAUUGAAUCUCUAAA